CAGUCGCUCGAUGUCUGUUGUGAACGCAGCCGACUAUCUCCGUCCCCACCAACACCGAACGACGCGGCGCGCUUUCCCGCCAACGUUCGCCCACAGCUGGCGCAGUUGACAGUGUGGCGCGGCUGUGCGGACACGUGGUUCUGCUGCGGCGCAGAUCGCUGCAGCGCUUUUUUCCACGCCCAUCUCCGAAAAUUCCGUCAUGGAUGGCUGCCGUAAAGAGAUUGAUCCCUGACCAGCGCCGUGGGUAUCGAUGGCAGAGGUACGGACUGGUGGCGGCCCUCCUGCUGAGUGUGACGAGUUUCUUCACGUGGCUGGCAGCUCCACCCAAGCUUCCCGAUGUUGUCAUCCUUCCACCGUUACUCAUCGAUGAACCGUUCAUGCCCCGGCGUGGAGCGCGCAACAUUAUUUUCGUAGAGACCACUUGUGCCAUCAAGAAUGUGUCGUGGUCUGGGCUGAGACCGAGGCAAGCAUGCGCUGUGGAAUCUGCAGCACGGCACCAUCCUGGGUGGCAUAUCUAUGUGCUGCACACGUGUGUUACACCGCUCCCUGUCCAUUGGGUGCCAGCGGGUGCCACAGCGGUGUAUGUGCCUCUGGCAGAAUUCCUGAGUGACACGCCACUAUACACGCCACUCAUAGAGCAAGGCGCUCUUGCUGCCAGUCACUGGCCAAUAGAGCAUGCCUCUGACGUCAUGCGACUGGUGGCGCUCUGGAAAUAUGGCGGUGUCUACCUGGACCUCGACUUUGUUGUACUCAGGCAGUUAUCAGAACUGGGUGAGAACUGGGCUGGUGCUGAGGACUCUGCAACAGUGGCCAACUGUGCACUGUCCUUGUCUGCACGGCCUGACAGUGCAGGUCCUGAGGUGGCUGCCGCUUGCCUGCAGUCACUAAGGGAUUGCUUUGAUGGUGAACAGUGGACACACAAUGGACCUGCUCUCCUUACACGCAUCCUUGCGCAGCGAUGCAAUGCUGAUAGUGCAUAUCAUCAGAUGUGGUGGCUUUCGUGUGCUGCCAGCAGCACUAUUUUUCCCAGUUCAUUAUAACUCAUGGCAGAUGUACUUCUCAGAGGAGGAUGCAAACACAACACUUGCCAAGCUGGAAACAGCGUAUGCUGUUCAUGUAUGGAACAAGCUAAGCAGAAUCAGCCGCAAAACACUCCCUCACUCUGCUUAUGCCAAGAUUGCACGUGUGAACUGUCCUGAUGCCUAUGAAAGUGCACUUGAUGGCUUCUGAAAAUGUUUGCUGUGAUAAGUGACAAAAAAACUGGACUGUUAAUCAAAGAAUGUGAACAGCAUUGAGAAACACUUGUACUUUAUAAACUGUAGGUUUUAGUUAUUUAUUUAAUUUAUUUUUUAAGGAUUUUCAAUGAGAGUAUGGCCAAAGCUCAAUAUAUUUAUUAUUUCCUAAGAUAGUUUCAAGUAACUAUGAAAAGUUACUAUUUUCCCAUACCAGUACCAAAUUUACCCUUAUAAGGGCUUUACUUUUAUAUGAUGAUUCGGUCAGUCAUUUUAUUUUAAAUUUUAGUGUCCACUAUGAUUAAAACCACAUUAGAAAACAUGAAAUUGUGAUUGAUUUUCAUAAACUUUUAGCAGUUGCAGAGCACGUUUUCAUUGUAGCAACACUUGUAAAAAAAUUGUUAAUUGUGAUUCUUCAGCUUUUGGAUACACUAAAAGUCACGAUUGGAAUUUCUGAGAAAUCAAGACUAAUGGGCAGAGCCUCUAAAAUAUCAUACAGCAUUUCAACAAUAGAUAUGAGAGUCACAUUUAUUGUCAGGGCUAGAACUAUUCUCUCAAAGAGUCCACCGACAUUUUUUUAAAUAAGUAAAUUUUUUCACUGACUUGCUGUAACACAUUGGAAAUUUCUUUAAUAUUGUAUUUAAAUUAAUAUAAGCAUGCACAACAGUCUUUUAGAAAAAGAAAAACACCAACAGCAUAUUGUUUUACAUUUAAUAAGGUUGUAUCCUUUUAACAGUCCUACGACUUACCUUAAAUUGCAGCUUUAUGUUUAUAGUCAUGAUCACUUAGUGGAAAAAAGAACAAAAAAGCCAAACAGUAUGCACUGUACACUAUAAAUGUGAUGCUUCACAUAAACAGUACAAGCCUACAUUAUUACUUUAACUUUCUUUUUUCUGCAAUAGGAGGGAUUUAUUGAUUCCCUAUGAAGUUAGUUCCCCCCCCCCCCCCCCCCCCCCCCCCCCCCAAUGAAAUGUGGGACAUUUCAAAAGGCUCAUGUUUUCAUCUAAAUAGCCACUAAUUUUAACAAAAGUACAUCUUUCAAUAAAAAAAAUACAUAAAUCAAAUGUAUCUCCUAUCCUUGUACAAGGUGUUUGAUUUGAUGCCACUUUCUGUGGUAAUUUCAGUGCUUACAUUACUGUCUGAUAAGGUGGAUUAACUACACAUUGUUAUGAUUUGCUUAUUGAUGAGAUAAAAUGGUAUGUUAAGUGGCUGGUUGUCAUUUUAAAUGUGAAGAUGUUAUUAAUUCAAUAAGGAAUUACAACUAGCUUUUGUUGUAUACAUAUAGAGUGAAGUGCUGUGUAUGCAAAUGAUUUUUACUGGUAUAAUAGUUCUCAAAUUUCCUGGAGACAUUAACUGUGUUAACAGAAUUUAAACCUUAGUGCUUAUCUCCCUUCUCAAAAAAAUUACAAUUGUGAAGUAAUUUGAUAUUAGAAUUUGCUAGAAGAAAGUGUAGUGCUGGUGUUAUCUGCAACUUUCCUAUUAUGUAGGCCCUUUCAUUGUUACUAUAUGUGGCCAAUUUUCCUGAUUCAGUGUGGAGUAAAGCUUUGGUUAACUAAUUUUAAAGUUGAUGAUGUGCACCUUUUCACCAAGAACUGUCAUCCACUAGACAACCAUUCAUGUACAUAACUAGUUCUGAAACCUGACAGGAGCUGUAUCAGAAGAUGAGGAUAGGGUGGAUGUUUUACAAGACACAAGCAUGUUACAGUUUAACAAUUAUUAAGCCUCAAAUCUUUCUUCCCACUUUGUGCUCCACUGAUACAGAUCCAUUACCUUUGAGCCCCAGAUAUUCCUGUUUGUAGGCCUACAAAAAUUUCAUUUUUAACGACUUGCAUCAGUUACUUCUUUUGUUAAUCUGUGAUGUAAUAUAUGUCUUACAGAACAUCUGACAGGAAGACAAGUUGUUUUGUACACUUAAGUGCCAUUUACUAAUGAAAACAUUGCAGUACCUUAACAGUGAUACUGAACUGGGGUUGUAAACAAGAACUGAUAUAAUUUCAUCAGAGAAUUAUUCUGCGGUGUUAGGAUAAUAAAACUUUUUAUUUUUCAUUGUUGUUAAUUAAUGAUUCUGAAAAGAAAUGUAGUCAACUGGAGAAAGCACUGUAUAUGUAAUUCUGGAGGCCAAUUUGUAGUCUCUUCUUAAAAUGAAAGUGUUCUAUAUUUUGUCUGCUUUUAAGGGAAUAAAGAAUGCCAUGUAUGACUAUUUUGUAUGAAUCCUAGAAAAUGUUGCCAAUUUAAAACAAAAUGUUACAGCAUUCCUAUCAAGUAAUGCUGCCUUACAGAAUUUAUAUUUUAUAGAUUUUGGUGCACUGAUACCAGUAUUUAGGGCUCAUAUUUUGUGAAAAUCUAAAGAAAAGGACAAUUUAUUUGUCUGCCAUACUUGCAAAUUCCUAAGAUAAAUAAAUAAAUAAACUUUAAAA